AUGGUGAAAUCAUACUUUAAAUUCGAGCAUUCGAAUACAUUCGGGCUCGUCGCCUCGGCGUCCUCAAAUGCGGUUUGGGCCAAAGAUGACCAGACCGGCAUUGCACGCCAGACAGGCGCCGGACGAGCCAUUGUGGGCGCAAGCGAGGAAGUCUUGUGCUGGGAUGUGAAGAAGGGCGAACUCUUAGGAAGAUGGCGCGAUUCUUCCUGCAGAGCGCAAGUUAGUGUGGUCACGCAGAGCCAGACGGAUGAAGAUAUCUUCGCGGUUGGCUACGAGGAUGGAAGUAUUCGUCUUUGGGAUUCGCGCACUGCCACCGUCAUCAUCUCUUUUAACGGCCACAAAUCUGCCGUCACCAAGCUAGCCUUCGACAAUGCAGGCGUGCGCCUUGCCAGUGGCUCGAAAGAUACUGAUAUCAUUGUCUGGGAUUUGAUCACCGAAACUGGUCUCUUCAAACUUCGCGGACAUACCGACCAGAUCACAUCCCUGCAUUUUCUCUUCCCUUCACCAGAAUUGCUCACUGCUUCCGGCUUGAGUGAACACGCGGGAUUCCUAUUGACCACCGGCAAGGACGCCUUGAUCAAAGUCUGGGAUCUCGCCUCUCAGCACUGCAUCGAAACACAUGUGGCGCAAUCGAACGGCGAGUGCUGGAGUUUGGGUCUUUCGCCCGAUCAGGGUGGAUGUAUCACAGCUGGCAAUGACGGUGAACUCAGAGUUUGGUCGAUCGAUGAGGCAGCCAUGAUGGAGAUUUCCAGGGAGAAGGUCGGCGCAGACGGUCGCAAAAUUCUUACCGAACGAGGAACUUUCUACCGACAUGGCAAAGAUCGCACACUUGGCAUCCGAUUCCACCCUCGUUCAGAUUACGUUGGCUUCCACGGUUCCGACAAGUCAGUCGAGGUUUGGCGCAUUCGCUCGCAGUCGGAGGUACAAAAGAGUAUGGCACGGAAGAAGAAGCGAAGAAAGGAGAAGGAGGCGCAGCGGUCCGAGGAAAAUGGACAGGAAGAAGAACAGGAUAACGACAAGCCUGAAGAUGUUUCUGCCGCUCCUAUAACCGAAGUUUUUGUCCAACAUGUCAUCGUUCGAACUGGUGGUAAAGUUCGUUCCUUUGAUUGGAUGACCAACAAGUCAACUGGACUGAAUCUCCUGGCGGCGACGACCAACAAUCAGCUCGAGGCCUACACCAUUGUGCCGGCGAACAAGAAGAACACCGAUAGCGAAGAUCCCGACUAUACCAGAAGUUUGGCUGUGGACAUCCCUGGACACCGAACAGAUAUUCGGUCGAUUGCAUUAAGCUCCGACGAUCGAAUGCUCGCUUCUGCCUCGAAUGGCACCCUCAAGAUUUGGAAUGUUCGUACCGAAAGUUGUUUACGAACACUCGAGUGUGGCUAUUCACUGUGUUCCGCGUUCCUUCCCGGUGAUAAGAUCGUGGUUGUUGGCAACAAGAACGGAGAACUUGAAGUAUUUGAUAUCGCGUCCUCAACAUUGCUCGAUACUAUCAAAGCACAUGAGGGACCCGUGUGGUCGCUUCACGUGCAUCCAGAUGGCAAAUCUAUGGUCAGUGGAAGUGCAGACAAGACAGCCAAAUUCUGGAACUUCCAGGUUGUCCAGGAAGAAAUCCCAGGAACCAAACGCACCACCCCUCGCCUCAAGCUGGCACACACCAGAACCCUGAAGGUUAACGACGACAUUCUCAACCUUCGUUUCUCUCCCGAUGCACGACUUCUUGCAGUUUCCCUCCUAGACAACACCGUGAAGGUCUUCUUUGUUGAUUCGCUGAAGCUUUUCCUCAACCUUUACGGACACAAACUUCCUGUUUUGAGUCUGGAUAUCUCCCAUGAUAGCAAACUCAUCGUCACUUGCUCGGCUGAUAAGACCGUCCGACUCUGGGGCUUGGACUUCGGUGACUGCCACAAGGCCUUCCUGGCCCACGAGGACAGUAUCAUGGCAGUAGCAUUCGUUCCCCACAACAAGGAUGGUAACGGUCACAACUUCUUCAGUGCAAGCAAGGACCGCGUCAUUAAAUACUGGGACGGAGACAAGUUCGAGCAAAUUCAGCGCCUUGUUGGUCACCACGGUGAGAUCUGGGCACUUGCCAUGAGUCGCACUGGUGACUUCAUCGUCAGUGCCAGUCACGACAAGAGCAUCCGCAUCUGGGAACAAACUGACGAGCCAUUGUUCCUGGAGGAAGAGCGCGAGAAGGAGAUGGAAGAGGCUUACGACAGCACACUCACUGCGUCUCUCGAGCAAGACGAGGACGGUGAGGAUGGCGAGAAGGCCGAGGCCGUCGACGCUGGCAAGCAGACCACCGGCACUCUCAUGGCCGGAGAAAAGAUCAUGGAAGCUUUGGAGCUCGGUAUGGAGGAUCUCGAAGUCGUACGCGACUGGCUCAAGGUCAAGGCUGCCAACCCCAACGCCGCCGCGCCCGAUCGUAACCCAGUCUACCUGGCUCUCAACAACGUCUCCGCCGAGCAGCACGUUCUGAACACCGUCCAAAGAGUCCCUGCUGCGGCCCUCCAGGACGCUCUUUUGGUUCUACCAUUCUCCAAGCUCUCGGCCCUCUUCACCUUCCUCAACAUCUGGGCCGAGCGCGAAUGGAAUGUGCCUCUCACCUGCCGCGUGUUGUUCUUCAUUCUGAAGACCCAUCACCGCCAGAUCGUUGCCAGCAAGAUGAUGCGCCCUAUGCUCGACAACAUCCGGGUAUCGCUGCGUCGGGUUCUUGCUCGUCAGAAGGAUGAGAUGGGUUUCAACCUUUCCGCGCUGCAGUUCAUUGGCAACCAAAUCCGCGAGCAGAGUACUACGGAUUAUGUCGAUGAGGCGACUUGGGAGGAGCAGCAGACAACCAAGGGCACCGGCAAGAAGCGCCAGUUUGUCAGCGUUGCUUGA